GACACCGCCUCUAACUGUCCGCAAUGCCGGUCGUUGGCUCCGAGCUGAAGCUGCAGCCCGCCGCUCAGCAGCAGGGCGCGGAGGUACCGGGGCACGGGGAGCUGCAGUAUCUGGGGCAGGUGGAGCACAUUAUGCGCUGCGGUUUCAAGAAGGAGGACCGCACGGGCACCGGCACCUUGUCGGUGUUCGGCAUGCAGGCGAGAUACAACCUGAGAGAUGAAUUUCCCCUGCUCACAACCAAACGAGUGUUCUGGAAGGGCGUUUUGGAGGAAUUGCUGUGGUUUAUCAAGGGAUCCACAAAUGCUAAAGAACUGUCCUCCAAAGGAGUGAGAAUCUGGGAUGCCAAUGGGUCCCGAGAUUUUCUGGACAGCCUGGGAUUCUCUGCACGACAGGAAGGGGAUCUGGGCCCAGUUUAUGGUUUCCAGUGGAGACAUUUUGGCGCAGACUACAAAGAUAUGGAAUCAGAUUACUCGGGUCAAGGAGUAGACCAGCUGCAAAAAGUGAUUGACACCAUCAAAACCAGCCCUGAUGACAGAAGAAUCAUCAUGUGUGCCUGGAACCCAAAAGAUCUUCCCCUGAUGGCACUGCCUCCUUGCCAUGCCCUCUGUCAAUUCUAUGUAGCGAAUGGGGAGCUGUCCUGCCAGCUCUACCAGAGGUCGGGAGAUAUGGGCCUGGGUGUGCCCUUCAACAUUGCCAGCUAUGCCCUGCUUACCUACAUGAUUGCACACAUCACAGGCCUAAAGCCAGGGGAUUUUGUCCACACCUUGGGAGAUGCACAUAUUUACCUGAAUCAUAUCGAGCCCCUGAAAAUUCAGUGCUCCAAAUGCAGGGCUUUUAAUAAGGGAGAUGAGCGGGAAUGA